CAGGCCGAUUCAUUCAGAGUGUUUGCACAACGUUUCCAUUGGUGUUCCACUGGAGGUUAUUUUGAGGGUCUCGUGCUGUCAGCUGUUGUCUUGAGUCCUUUUGGACCCUCCUCACUUCUCUCUUUCACUCUGAUAAAACUGUGGACUGACUGGUUCAUUGUCCUCCUUUUCUAUACGAACCCGAACAGACACGUGUGGCAGAUGAUGGAAGGCAGUCACCAGACCUCUGAGAACGCCAAUGAACAAGUCAAUGUCCCAGAGGAGCAGCCAGUGGACCCCAUGGAGGACUUCAGCAGGCAGCUAGAGGAUAUAAUCAACACGUAUGGAGCAGCAUCCAGCCUGAUGCAGGAGCAGAUCUCCAUCCUGGAGUCUGAGGAGAUAAAGGAAGAGGAGGCAAAGGCUGAUAAAGAGGCCGACCCACAAGAAGCUGGUGCCACUCCAGAGAAGGAGCAGAUAGCUGAUAAGAAAAUUCUCAAGGGCCUGGGUAAAGAGGCCGCAUCCUUAUUGCAAAGCCUGAACAAGCUCGGCUCACCAGAAGAGAAAGUGGAAAUGGUGUUGAAGAAAUACACUGAGCUGGUGGAGGACCGCAGGACUGAGAAGAAACAGCUGGAGCAGCUUCAGCAGAGACAGGGUCUUCUGGUCAAGCAGAGAGAUCAGCUUCAGUUCGAGCACAGUCGUGCCAUCCUGGCCCGCAGCAAGCUGGAGAUGCUCUGCAGGGAGCUUCAGAGACAUAACAGGACACUGAAGGAGGAGAGUCUGCAGAGGCUGCAGGAGGAUGAAAUGAAGCGGAAGGAGAUCUCUGCUCAUUUCCAGAGUACGCUAGUGGACAUUCAGAAUCAGAUCGAGCAGCACAGUAACCGCAACAACAAGCUGUGCCAAGAGAACAGUGAUCUGGCCAGCAAACUCAAGACCAUCAUAGAGCAGUAUGAGCGGAGAGAAGAGAGUUUAAAGAAGAUAUUCAAACACAGAGAUCUACAGCAGAAACUGUCAGAUGCCAAGCUGCAAGAAGCCAACAUGCUCCUCAGUCAAGCUGAAGAGAAGCACAAAAGGGAGAAGGAAUAUUUGCUUAAAGAGGCUAUUGAAAAAACAAAGAAAUGCUACGCAAUGAGGGAGCAGGAGUUACAGAUGAAGAAACAGCUUGUGUUGUACUCCCAGAAGUUUGAUGAGUUCCAGAACACACUAGCAAAAAGCAAUGACAUCUACAUCACUUUCAAACAGGAGAUGGAGAGGAUGACAAAGAAGAUGAAAAAGCUGGAAAAGGAGUCAAGUAUAUGGAAGACACGGUUUGAAAGCUGCAAUAAAACUCUUGUUGAAAUGAUUGAGGAGAGAUCAGAAAAGGCCAAAGAGUUUGAACUCUUCACUUUGAAAAUCGACCGUCUAGAGACUCUGUGCCAAGCACUGCAGGAUGAAAGAAAAAGUUUAUAUGACAAAAUUAAAGAAAUACGGUCCUUAGAAAAUGCGACUUUAGCACCAGUGGUGGACUUGCCCCAAGUAGAUGAGCUUCCAGAGCUCGUCCAACUUCCUAAGCCGGCUCCCAACCCAAUGUUGACCACAGAGAUGAAGAGGUUGCAAGAGGAGCAGAUCCGUCUGCAGGAGUUUGCAGCUUCCUUGGUAAGUUCCAUAACAGAUGAUGCUGGAGAAUCUGAUAGUGAGGAAGAGAAGACGGCAGAAAAGAUUCCAGCCAUUCCUGAGGCUCCCAAACUUGAGUCCACCAAACCAGAGGAUAAACCAGAAUCAACACAAGAGGAACCCUCUACCACAGAAGAAAAGAAACCAGAGGUUGCUAGAGUAAACGAAGAGAAGCCAUCAGUACCCACAAAUCCUAAACUCUCCAAGCCUGAGACGGAAUCUAAACUUCUUCAAGAGCCUCUACAACCAGAGAUCACUGAACAACAGACAGGAAAACAAGAGUCCGCCAAAGAGGAACUAAGCCAGGAAGAGGCAACAAAAGCGGAAGAGACGAUCGAACAGGAAUCCACUCAGCCAAAGUCUGUCAUGAAAGAAGACAGCAAAGAUAAAGCUGUUAAACCUGAGCUACCUGAACCAGAGCCGCCCAGACAAGAACCCCUCAAAGAAGAGCAGCCGAAGCCUGUCUUGAAAGAAGAUAGCAAAGAUGAAGCUGUUAAACCUGAGCUACCUGAACCAGAGCCGCCCAAACAAGAACCCCUCAAAGAGGAGCAUGUUGAGAAAGCCACAGCUGCCUCAGAGGAAGCCAAAGCACCGGUGACAAAACCUAAAGCCGCAAAAUCCCAAGAGGCAAAAGCGAAGGCCGGCAAAGCCCAGCCUAAAAAACAAGCUCCAGCCAAGAAGAAAGGUUCUGCAAAGGGCCCGAAUAAAAGCUAAGCCGAAAUGCAUUACCAAAGGAGUUUUUCUUUUUAUCAUUUCUAGAUCUGUUUGUUUGUGUACUUAGACAAGUCUUGUUGUUGAUGAGUUUAAAGGCCAAUUCACACUGCACUGGCAGAUGCCAAUAAACAGCAACAGACACGUUUGCCAGGUUUUGUCUGAUCAGUGUGUUACUCCUGUCAGCAUCUGUUGGUGUUGGUCUGUGCUUGUUUUUUGCCAACUGAAUGUUGAAUCAGCAUUUAUCGAGUCUUGGUAUGUCUGAGAAGUGACGUAGGCUUACUGUGCUCGGUCGUCGUUGGUCUGCAUCUGUCUGUGCAGUGUGAAUUGGCCUUAUAAGUUAUUACAGACGAUGACAGACUGGUCGUAGAACACGUUCCUUUAUGAAAGUUUACUAUAAGGAUGAAUUUCUAGCUUCCUGAAUGUAAUAAGGACUUUUUCCCCAUUUGUAAUACUUUCUCAGUACCUUCAAAUAAAUGUCUGCUCUUGACAAUCCUAUAAAAUGUUAUCUUUCA